GGAGGGGGUAACGUUGAAGUCAGCAUUCAGCAACGAAAAAGGGGAUGAUCGCUUUAUCCUGUUCAUUGAUCUUCGCAAGUAUCAUAUCGAUUCAAUCGAGACUACGACUAGCAGAUAGUGUUUUUGAGAUCACCAGGAAGAGCAACUAUGGGUGACGAUGCCGCGAUGAAUCCAGAGCUUAUAAUCAAUCACAAAUUCCCAGAGACUACUUACACCUAUAGCGAAAGAGAUGCUGCACUAUAUGCUCUCGGAAUUGGAGCAUGUGCUAAAGACGCAUUAGAUGAUAAGGAUCUCAAAUAUGUGUACCAUGAAGACGGGCAGCAAUCCAUUCAGGUAUUUCCAACUUUUGCUGCUUUAUUUUCCAUUGGACUUACUUCACAACUAAAGCAUUUGCCAGGAUUCAUGUUUGAUCCUCGCCUUCUUUUACAUGGACAACAAUAUAUUGAGAUCUACAAGCCUUUACCUUCAAAUUGUUCGAUACAAAACAAGUCGAGCAUUGUUGGAUUGCAUGAUAAAGGUAAAGCUACAAUUCUUGAGGUUGAAGUUUUGAGUUAUGAAAAAGAGACCGGCGAACCACUGUGCAUGAACCGGACGACGGUUUAUUUGAGGGGUGCUGGUGGCUUCUCAAAAUCAUCCGAACCAUAUUCCUUCUCUAAGUAUCCGAGGGAUCAGACAUCUUCAAAACCUCCUAGGACUCGACCAUUUGUAGUGCAUGAGGAAUGUACUCAGCCAUCACAGGCACUGCUUUACAGGCUCUCUGGUGAUUACAACCCCUUACAUUCAGAUCCUAUGGUUGCAGAAGUGGCAGGGUUUUCACGCCCGAUACUUCACGGGCUGUGCACUCUAGGGUUCGCUGUCAGGGCUAUCAUCAAAACAAUCUGCAACGGAGAUGCCAGCCUUGUCAAAGCCAUUUCUGGCCGAUUUCUGUUACAUGUUUACCCUGGUGAAACAUUGAUCACUGAAAUGUGGCUCGAAGGCUUGAGAGUUUUAUAUCAGACAAAGGUUAAGGAACGAAACCGAGUAGUGCUUGCUGGAUUCGUGGACCUCAAUAGCAUACGAUCGUCAUCUCUCUGAGUUGUUUUCUAGUCAAUAAGCUCUUCAUUAGCUGUGUAUGAAAUUUGAGAAAUGUUCGAUAAGCUUUCCGUUAAUCGUGUAUGAAAUUUAAGAAAUCACCAAAGCUUUUUUAGACUCCAUUACAUAUAUGAUGUAUUGUGAUAUAGUAUCAUUAAGGAUGAUGAUGAAGUUAAGUAUGACCUGAUAUGUUGUCGUUACAUUUGGUGGUGGGUCGAUAAGUAGUUCCCACCAGGGUGAAACCUCCAAAAACCUCACUUGUCAUAUUUUUUUCAUGUCGUAUUAUUGACACCUCAACAAAGUAAGAAUCUCAAUAAAAUUUCA